CUAUAUCAAAUAUGAAUUAUUGACAAGUUAAAGGUAAUCUAUUAGAAGGCAAUAAAUCCCCCUGAACUAUUCGUCCUGCCUCUCAGCAUUUGAAUACUGGGAUUUUUUAAAACACUAGAUAUCACUUAGAGGAUCUGUCUAAUGAUAAACUGUUGAUUUUGCUCCAUUUCUUUUUAAAUAAUUUUGAUCCUGUCAGACAACAGCAUCUUUGCAAUGUUAUAUUAGUAUGUACUCAGUUAGCUUUGUGCAAGUCAACUUAUAUUGAUGAUUUACUGCAUUAUGCAGUAAUAUUUUUAAAAAACAAGGGGCUGGAGCUGUUUACAGCCCUGUCCUAGAAAUGCUGUUAUCUGACAAUCUUUGUCUCAAGAUCUUCCCAAUAAUCUGACAUAAACUGAAUAAGAAAUUUGCAUUGUAAAAAUGAAGUUUAACUGUACAUGCAUUCAGUGACUGUCUUUCAACCAAUUACUUGAAGAUGGAAGCCUGAUUUAAGAUGUUGAUAUAACAAAAAUAGUUACUUCAUUUCAAGAUACAGGUAGAUCUAGAUUCUAAAAAUUAGGAGGCACAGUAUAAAGGGUAAUAAAAUUACAAUAAAAGUUCAGAUGACUAAUAAUAAGGAAGUAUGAAUAAAACCAGCCUUGGAAAAUGUGUAGUCAUAGUUUCCCAGGAAAUAUAACACAACUAGAAUACUAAGUAAAUCAGUUUAUAAACAGAAACAUUUUAACAUCUAUCAGCACUCUUUAUGGUCAAAUUUGGCACAAAUCCUUCAUUAAAAAAAUUGAAACAAUUUUGCUCUACAAAAAUACUCUAUUAUACUACAGUCUUGAUUCAGCAAAGGGAUCCAUGCAGAUGGACUGCUGCUCAUGUGCAGAGUACCAUUAACUUCAACAAGGCACCAUACAGGUACUGGGCUCUGCUUACAGGCAGCGUAUUGUAGACUGUAGAGCUAAUUUAAUUACAUUCUGUGAGUCUGUUUGGUUUCAUCCAGCAAAUAUGAACUGUAGUUUCCAAUUAGAUAUGGGUCUUCAUUGCACAGUUCAGAUCCAGAUCCAAACUUGCCCAAAGGUCAGGGGUAUCUAUGGUUUUGGAACUUCAAGCCCCCCUCUACUUCCAGUGAAUACAAGCAGACGCUUAGUUACUUGUACAGUGCCGGUCACCAUGCCAUCUAGAGACAAAUUAUAAUGCUAAAACAUUAAGACGUAGAUUAUGGCUGGAUAACCAGCUAAGCAUCUAGCUCUUCUUUAAAAGAUACUGUAGAAAGUGAGCUGGUGGAAAUUUUUUUGUUGACACUAUUUUGCGGUAGAAAAAUAAGUUUCUCACUAAACAAAAGAUUUGUCGGAAAGUAUCUGCUUUCCCCUGGAUAAUGUAGACUUUUUGUUGGAAAACUGAAAAUCCCCAAACCAAUACUUUUUUUUGUUUCUGGCCAUGAAAACUUUUCAUUUUCCAUUUCCAAAUUUACAUUUUUCAUCAAAAAUCAAAGUUUUCCAUGGGAGAAUUUUUUUUUCCCCAACCAGUUGUAAGUAGAAAUUAGAGAUAGCCUGUAAUUACCAACCUGUUUAUGUGGAUAUGACUGUGACUCAGAGCAACCUCCGACUCCUCUAUCAUUGCUAGGUAUUUUGGCAGACUCAUUGGGGAUUUUUUCCUGCACAGUAGGAGGAAUGGGAAGUAACUGUUGCAUUCAAACACUGGAGCUGGAAUUACUAUAAAUUACUUUCAGGCUUCCUUUAGGAAGAUGCACUCACAGGAAACUCCCUUUUCAGGCUCACCUAUAGUUGGGCAUGGUUCCACGUCUGGGAGGCCCACAGACCAGCACUGAUUUAGAGAGAGGAUAUAAACAUCUUUUUAUGAGCUCACAGAGGGGCUAUGAUUUUGCUGCCAUUAUGAGUUAGUGCAACUGCUUGUAAAUACUGAGCUAGUGGAGUAUUUUUGUCCCUUAUAGGUGAAAACUGGAUGUGGAAAGCAUGGGACUUUGUUCCAGUAAAUAACAAGAUUUAUGUUGUCUCAAUAGUGCAAUACAACCUUGCAAUACGACCCCUUGAAAGGGACACACUGCACUUAUAUUUCCCUUAUUACUUUCUAUACUUUUGUCCUUUGCACAUGUUCUACUGGUUUUAUCUAUCUCUGACCUACAACUUUUUAUACAUUCACAUAAAGUUGGUACUAAUUGACCAAGUUACUUAAAACACCUCAUGUCCAUCUAACCUGUACCUAUACGGAACAAACAGCUCAUGCUGGCAGUCAUGAUAGAGGAUGAUAAAGAUUCAGCAUGUUUGACUCCUGAGCAACCCCUAGUGACUGGCUACAAAUGUUACUGCCUCCAGGUUUUUGCCUUCACAGCAGAACGGAAAACAGAAGCUUGCUGGAAAGAAGAGAAGGAAUGAGGGAUUACAUAGGUUAAGGACAACUGUACAGGGGACAGCUGCAAAUCAUCCUAGAAUUACACAGACACCAACAGGCUACAGAAUGAGUCACUACCUCAGGGAGGUGAGGGACCCCUUCUUAUGCACCUUACCUGACAUAUUAGACAAUGGAGAGUCCUUGUUCGACUAUCACCACCAAAACAGAGAAUAAGAAUGUUUUAACAGAAGGGAUGUUAUAUUUUCACUUGAAACCAGAUAGUGGCUAUAAACUAAACGCUCGGAAAUGUUUGGUGUUUGUUCCCCCAUUGUGAUCAUUAAUAACAUUUCACACCUCACUGAGAUGGGUUAUUUUUGUCAUUCAUCAAGUUCCUCACUGCAUUUGAACGAUUAGGAUAAGUGAAUUCAGCAUGGAGAAAAUCCCAAAAGCUGUAACAUAUGCUAACAAACAGGAAAAAAAAAUCAUCUGCUUUGGCAAUAUGUUGAGAUUCAAUUAUUUUUUUCACUGAAGCAGUAACUUUUUUUAAUAUACUUUCACCAGUUUCAGGAAAGGGUGGGUUAGAGUCAGGGGUUUCCUGAGCCUUUUCAGAACACAGUUUUAACGUAGCCGUGUGUUUAGAAGAGCCCCUAGAGAGUCUUGUUUUGGAACAUACUGACGCCUACACAUUAUCUUUGUUACAUUUUGCAGUUUUGUGUGAAAUUUAUUUUUAAUCUUUAUCAAAACAUGCCCAUGUUUAUCUUAAAUUCAGAAAAGGUUUAAUAAUUUAAAACAAAAUAACUUUUAAAAUAAUUAAAUUUACAAUGAAUACUGAAACAUAAAAGUCUAAAGCAAGUUAACAAGAAAGGACUUCUUAAAGAUCAAAGGAAAAGUGUUUAUUUUACUUGAUUAAAACAAAUAAAAAGUACUUUCACUUUAGCAGGUUCUAACUGGCUGUUGACAGAGACUAGUGGAAAAGAGUUGUUUCCCCAACAGAAUAAACGUUUUUUCCUAUAGAGGUUCACGUACUCAGAACAGACUGCUCACUGACAUUACAAAGGUAUUACAUUUUUAAAGAGGGAUGUUCAUUAUCAAAAUCAGAGAUUGUUGAUACAAAAGAAAGUUUUCUUGGCCAGUAUUUUUCUGAGUUCCUACUGCUAUUAUUAACUGGGACCUGCAGAGUAUUAAAAUGGUGUGUCUUCCCCCCACCCACCCCAUGAUGCAUAAAAAAGGCCUGAAGAAGGGAGAAGUAAAAACUGCAAUGGUAUAGUGCCAUUUAAGUUAAUGGAGCUACUCUGACUUACUGACCCAAGUUGAGGAUCUGGAGCAACGUGUUUUUCUGUUUAUUUUUUACAUCAGAAAUUCAGGUCUUGUCUAUCUUAGAAAAGUCUAUUGUGACUAGGAUCUAAUCCACCUCCCAGGAAGUCUGCGUAAAGACUCCUGUUGACUUAAUGGGAAAUGCACAGGCCACUAGUGAAAUGAUGACAUAAGAGCCAAGAGAGUGAAAGCCGCAUAAUUCAGAAUUAAUUUUUAGUCAGGCAAUUCAAAACUUUUUGUUUAUUGGGGUUUUAGUUUUGUUAACACCUAUUUAACCCCAAUGCCUAAUGGGUAUUUGAGACAAAGUAUGUCUUUUAAAAGAUUCAAAACCCUCAACAUUAAAAUAAGGUGUGAGAGCUCAUGAUAUACAGUAGAACCUCAAAGAUACGAACAUCAGAGUUACAGACUGACUGGUCAACCGGAUACCAUGUGAAACCAGAAGUAACCAAUCAGGCAGUAGCAGAGCCAAAAAAAUAAAAAGGAAAAUACUGUGCCUGUAUUGCGUCUUAAAGGUAGGUACAUCUGGGCUGUGCCCACUCCCACCUCCAUGUAUGGGGGCAGCCACCUACAGCAAGAUGCUGGGGCUGCCAGCCCAAGGUAGCCAGAGCCAGCAGAGCAGGAGCAGCACUUGGGGUCUAUGCCGCUUUCACACACACACUUCCGCCUGGAGGGGGACGGGCUGUUUUUUCUCUGUCUCUCUCACUCACUCAUCCCCCCUUUCCCUCCCCCCAGGAGGACAAGCUUGCAAACUCAUACCACCACUGAGUAGGGAGCUCAGCUGAUGCUGAAACCUGGCCUGGAGUGUCACCUGCUGGAUCUGGAGCCUGAAUGGUGCUUUGCUCAGUUACAAACAUUUCAGAGUUACGGACAACCUCCAUUGCUGAGGUGUCCAUAACUCUGAGGUUCUACUGUACAUCUCUGAAAUCCCAAAGACGUUUUUCAGCAAAAUCAGGGAGACAAGACUUGCCAUUCCUGGUAUUUCUUUAAAAAAAAAAAAGGGGGGGGGGAGGGGGUCAGAGGGAUGGAAACAAAGCCAUUUAAACAACAUUUCAGGGCUUUAUAUACAAAGAAGGAAAAAUGGGCAAACUUUUAUUCUUAAAAAAUUAUGUAGAUGUCACUUUUAAAAGCAAUGUGCCAAAUUCACCUCUGCUGUAACUUCACUAAAGCUACUGGAGUCACACUAGCUUUGUAUUUAUCUCACUGUGUCUGAGUAACAGGAGCUUUCACCAUCCAACUUGGCUUCCCAGGCCUGAUCCCAAGCCCUGAUCAUCUUGUCAGUUGCACAUGUGCAACUCCCACUGACUUUAAACGGAACUGCAUUUAUGCACCUAUAGUGACAAUCAGACCCUUGCCAUAGAACUGGAAGAGAUAUCACAAUCACCUAGCAUUAUAACUUUUACUACAGGAUCAACCGGGAAGAGAAGAUAGGCUGUGAGAAAAGCAAUCCUUGUUCAAAUUCAAAUUCACUUGGUAACGUGAUGAGAAAAAUAUCUGUGAUUUAUGUUUAUGUCUGGAAGUUUCCCCUAGUGUGAAAGUCUGUCUUUAAAGGAAAACCAGAUCUUUCUUGCAAUGUACAUUCUUUUAUGUUAUGCAGCCUAAACUAUGCAUUGCAAUGAUGUCAAUAAUGUACAUGGAGUGAUUGUAUCCUGUGUCCUGCAAAAGAUGACUUUGAAAGUUAGAUGUUUCAUCUUGACAGCCAUAUCCUGAUCAACAAACUCAAAGAGUCAAUAAAUAAAUAUAUUCAUUGAAAAAACUGGUCUCUGUGUAAGCUGCAGUUAAACAGGAACUUGACUUGUUUUUGUAUUCACAUCUAGUCUAUGAUAAUGCCCCAACACCAAAACAUUUGAGCACCACUUAAACUUACAAGGUAAAACUUGCUUUCCAUAAAAGAAAACAAAGAUACUGUCUACCACUCUCAUCCUUUUGAAGUCUGUGAUUUAAGUGCAAGUCUUAUUGAUACAAAUGUAGAAAGGGCCAAUACUUUGGUUUUGUAGAACUUUCUGAGUGGUGAUCUUUUACUGCUAGAGGAAAACCAAGAGACACGGGCACCAACUUUUCCAAGUGCCAGGGGGGUGCUCAACCCCCAGCUCUGCCCCAGGCCCCACCCCCACUCUACCCCUUCCUCCAAGACCCCAGCCUGCCUUUUCCUGUCCAGUUCCGCCCCUCCCCCGAGCACACCGCAUCCUUGCUCCUCUCCUCUCCCCCCCAGAGUGCCACGAAAAAGCUGAUCUGCGGGGCCCGCCAGUGGGUGGGAGGCGCUGGGGGGGAACUGAUGAGGGGGCUGCUGAUGGGUGCUCAGCACCCACCAUUUUUUCCCCCAUGGGUGCCCCAGCCCCAGAGCACCCAUGGAAUCGGCGCCUAUGCCAAGAAAAACUGACUGGCAUGAGUCUCUCAGGAAUUAAGGCUGUAGCAAAGUCUUUAUUUUUGUGUACUGUAUAACAACAAAAUAUAAAAAUAAUGUUCCCAGUAUAAAAUUGAUUUCGCACAUACACAUGACCUCCUUCAAGCUACACUCCGUGCACAUCAAAUUUCACACAUGAAGUCUGUAGCAAAAGAGCAAUUUUUGGUAAAACGUGAGGUGAAGUGGACAAAUUUCUGAACUUCAGUUCUUAGAAAAAAAAUCAAUAAUAUAGGUAUUGGAUAUUUACGUCUGGAGUUGUGGAGGAACAAAUGAAUGCAUACUUCAUUAACCUUCCAAAGAGCUGAUGGAUUUCAGAAAGUCUUCAUAAGUUAUUUAUGUCUUCUAUAGCAGGUAAAAAUCAAACAUAAAUUUGACACAGGUCUCUAUAGAUCACCAUAAAUUAUAAAUUGAUUAUAAAUACCAAGAAGACUGUUGCUGAGAGCCUCUUGACUGGCUGGCAGUUCCCUUCUCCACUCAAGAAGAGAAUAAUAGACAUAUGGAGCUGAAAGGGACCUUGAGAAGUCAUCAAAUCCAGCCCCAUGCGCUAAUAUGAGACCACUAAAACACCUGGCUGGGAUGGUCUAGGUUUCUCCAACCUAUUCUCAAAAACCUCUAAUGACAAGGAUUUUACAACCUCCCUUGGAAGCCUAUUCCAGAGCUUAACUACCAUUAUAGUCAGAAAGCUUUUCUUAAUAUGCAACAUAAGCCUCCCUUGCUGCAGACUGAUCCCAUUACAGUACCUCCUGUCCUACAUUCAGUGGACAUGGACAAUAACUGAUCCCUAAACUCUUCAUAACAGCCCUUAACAUGAGACUAUCAAGGUCACCCCUCCUCUGUCUUCUUUUCUCAAGGCUUCUUUUAACAUUUUCACAUAGGUCAGGAUUUCUAACCCUUUUAUCAUUUUGGUUACUCUCCUCUGGACAGGAGCAGCAGAGGUCCCUAGAAGUGGGGGCGGGGGAGGGGGGGGAAGAGAUGGGCACCAAUACCCAAACCAUGGCCCUGCCGCCCCUCCCCCCCGUUGCCCCCGAGGCCCCACCCCUCGCAUCGCCCCUUGUUCCGAGGCCCUGCCCCCCUGUUGCUCGCCCUUCCAGCUGGUAAAAAGCGGGAGGGGCCACGGCCCCUGCUCCCGCGCCACUGCCGCGGGACUCUCCAGUUUGCCCCCGCCUGGCCUCGGGGCUGGCUCUCCGCGCUGGACGCGCCCCGUGCUCCAGCUCAGGGCUCACCAGCACGAGGGACCGUUACCUGCCGCGUGACGUCAUGCGGACCCCACUCCUGCUAACGCACCCCGGACUCAUCCCGCCUUGGGGGUCCCCUCUGGCCGGCGCCUGGAAACAGCGGCCCGGGCCAACAGGUCCCAGCAACCUCCCCGCACAAAGCUGCGCCGGCGCCUGAGUCAGCGGCGUGGCCCCGAGGCCGGGCUCCCCACCCCGUGUCCAGCCCGCGCGGCUCUUCCCCGCGGUCGGACACGCUGCAAGGCCCGGCCCUGCGCCCCACGCGACCUGCCCCAGCUCGGGCACCUGAGGCAGCGCUACAAACCGCGCGCGCGCGCGCCCGCUCACGGCCUGGGCGGGCCCCGCCCUGCCUCGCCUCGCGGCGUUUCUUGCGUAUGACGCAAUAAGCUGCGCUGGGAGCGGAAGUGACGUCAUCACUGCAGGCGGAAGCAGGGGUGGCUUGUGCGUGAAGGGGACGAGAUGAAUUCCAGAGGAGUUGGAUCUCAGCUUAAGGACAGCAUCCCAAUUGCUGAAUUUUCAGCUAGUGGAGCAUUUGGAGGUCAUGAUAUUCUACGCAGAGGCUUUACAAGUGUGAAAAAUGAACUUUUGCCGAGCCAUCCUUUGGAACUGUCAGAAAAAAAUUUUCAGCUAAACCAAGAUAAAAUGAAUUUAUCGACUCUGAGAAAUAUUCAAGGACUCCAUGCACCUCUAAAGCUGCAAAUGGAAUUCAAAGCAGCAAAGCAGAUCCAGCGUCUUCCGUUUCUGCAUAGCUCAAAUAUAGCGCUGGAUACACUGAGAGGAAAUGAUGAAUGCAUUGGUUUUGAGGAUAUUCUUAAUGACCCAUCGCAGAGUGAAGUUAUGGGAGAACCACAUGUAAUGGUGGAAUACAAACUUGGUUUAUUGUAACACAAAUGUAGUCUGAACCUCCUGUUCAUGAAAACAUUUCUUGUAUGUGUCUUUAUACUAUACUACAGGUUCAGUGUACAAUAUUCAUAUUACAUUGAUACAAUGUUUUUGUUAACUUACCCACAGGAGAGCUGUUGCCUUACUUGAUGAAUAGGCACAUUAAAUGUUUAAAGUCUAUUAUGAUUUGUUCUCUGCUUGCUGUCACUAUAAAUGUCCUAGAACUAGGUAUUUUAAAACUGUACAAGACUCUUCAUAUAUUGCUCAGGACAAUAGCUGCUUAGUUUUUGAAAUAUUAUACAUAUACUACAAGAGUUCAGAAAUGCAUGUGAAUUUUAAAAUUGAUUACUCAGUAAAUGUAGGGAAUGCAUGUUCUUGCAAAAGAACUUUUUGAAUAUAAAACAGGCAUUUUCCACUGAAUCACUUUUUGUUCUUGAAAUCUUUUAAACAAAUAAAUUGCUAUAAAUGCUGUGGUUUCUAAAAA